CGGUACGCUAGUCCAACUUGCACUUGGCCGGUUUUUUACUACACAUUAUAUUCAAUGAACAUACUAACGGUAAACAAAAUUUUAAGGUCAUUGGGUCAGAAUGAUUCGUUUCAAGAUCAAGGUAGUAGCAUCGCAAGUUAUAAAGUUAGGCGUAACAAUGCCGGAACAACAGUCCAUUUGCGCGCGUCGAUGACGACGCCGUGCUACUGAUGUUGGGUUUGCUACUGAGUUAGUAGCAUUUAGUAGAAUGUAUCAAUGAACUUGAUACUUGAGUGAUGAGUGUCGUGUGUUGUGAUGGGAUUGCAUAAGGAUUGAAAAGAUUAAACCAGGUUAGGUUACUUACGUGAUAUAAACAUGACUUUUUAACUCUUAAUUAUAAAUUAGGGAGGAUAACAAAAAAAAAAUGGACGAUUGAUUCUACAAAUAUAGAUGUGGACCGCAGUCAAGCGCUUGCAUAUUAAAAAAAAAGACUGAAACGCUAAAAAAAUUGUGUUUUUGAAAACUCUAUGAGCUUUCUUUUACUGAAUAAGUGGAAAGUUUAUUAUGAUGUUUUACCAUGUGUAAUUAAAAAUCUAAAAAUGCAUAAAAUAUUAAAAAUGAAUUAGGUAAAUAAAUAUACUUACACGAAAAGUGUCGUUUAAAAGACUUUUAAAAAACCCCAAAAAAUGACAUUGCGUUUAUAAUUAUAAAAAGGUUAAAGUGAUGAUAGUGAUACAGAAGGAUGUAGUUCCCGUGGAGUGCACGAACAUGGUGAUGCUACUCGUGGUGGUGUUGCUACUGACGAGCGUGGCUUCGGGGCUCGUGACGCCGGUCAGCAACGGCCUGGACCAGCUGGUCAGAGCUGCUUCUUCUACAUGUGAUAUCCUACCUCUGGAGGUGCUGUUCAGCUGGGCAUCCACUCCAGAGCUAGACGUAGUUGAGUACACUCACCAAGGGAAGAAGAGCUACAGGUUGAACAAGGCGCACUACAGCCUCCGCAACCGACUACCAUCCUUCCUCGUCAUCUACAUCCCGGGGUGGUGGAACACGCCAACCGACGAAUCAUCAGACACUUUAGUGAAAGCUUUGCUACACAAAACUCCUUUAAUCCUAGUUUUAGACACCCGCGCGACGUUCUGUAGAGGCUACGUAGGUUCCGCCUCACGCGUCAGCAGCGUCUCCCAAAAAAUCUACAAAUUCAUCAAAAAUAUCUACUCAGACGGGUACCCUACUACGUCCAUCCAUUUAAUAGGCUUCAGUCUAGGUGCCCAUGUCGCGGGAAUGACGGGGAAGCUAGUACAGAGUCGCUUGAACCAGAAAAUUGGGAAAAUCACAGCAUUAGAUCCAGCCAGACCGUGUUUUACCCAACUACCACAAUAUAGACUGAACAAAAAAGAUGCCAAUUUUGUUCAAGUAAUCCAUACAAGCGCUGGAAUAUUAGGACUCGAACACGCGAUUGGUCAUACAGAUGUUUACGUAAAUGGAGUGACAUCACCACAGCCUGAAUGCAGAGAAAAAGCCGUCAGCUUAGAAUGUGACCACGCGCAGUCAUGGAAGGUCUUCUCCGCUUCAAUAACGAACGAUCGUUCUCUAUUAGGAAGGCAAUGUAAGAGCUGGAACGAACUCAGUAAUGGAUGGUGCAGCGGUAACGAAACCAUGGUGGGUUAUGGGUGUAAUACAAAAACCCGGGGGAUGUUCUUGCAUAAAACCCAGGAAGUGAGUCGAAAGAUUUGGGUGUUCAAUCCAUUCGAUAUACGGACUUGGUGGGUCAGUUGAUAAAUAACUAUACCAUUGUAUAAAUGUAUGAAUAUACGUAAAUCAAAUGUUGACUGGAAAGGACUUGGAGGUGCUUGCAUUUUUGGCGGCGCAAUCGCACUUUUGAUGACUAAUACCUAGUGCACUACUUAGCAGCCGAAUCAUGAUUUCUUAUACGUAACUGUAAAAGUACCGUUUUCAAUUCAUCGUCAAUAUUCCUAAUCCAUCGAUGUUAUAGUUUACAAUUUUAUCACGUAGAAAGUAGGCGGAUGACUAAGUAUUUAAAAACAAAUUCCUAUGUAGAUCAUUACAUUUAAAAUUUUAUGAAAAGUAGAAAAAAAUUG